AUGGCGUCUAUUGGUGAUACCAAGAUUGAAACAUCUGGUCCCAGGGAGGCUUUGGGCCCACUUCGGGAAAUUUGCCAUCAGUGGCUGAGACCCAAGACCCACACCAAGGAACAGAUCCUGGAGUUGGUGCAGGAGCAGUUCCUGACCAUCCUGCUUGAGGAGCUGCAGGCCUGGGUGCAGGAGCAGAACCCGGAGAACACAGAGGAGGCCUCAGUGCAAACUGAAGAGCAGAAAGUGUUUUUGCAGGAGAGGAGGCCUUUAGGAGCAGAGCUAGAACCCAGUUUGUCCCUUCGACUUGUGAAAGCCACGCUGAAAUGCGAACCCACAGAAUGUGAAGCCCAAGAGGAGCAAGACCAGGGUAAACACCAGAACAUCUGUCCAGGGUGGAAAUUGCAUAGAUGUGAUGACUGUGGAAAAACUUUCAGUCAGCACCCACGCCUCAUGGAACAUAAAAGGGUCCACACUGGAGACAGGCCCUACAAAUGUGAAGAAUGAGGGAAAACUUUCCAGUGGAGGACUGUGUUUAUUCGACACAAGGUGGUUCACAUUGGAGAGAAACCAUACAAGCAUAAUGAAUGUGGUAAGGCUUUUGGCCAGUGGUCAGCUCUUAACCAACAUCAGAGACUCCACUCAGGAGAAAAGCAAUACCACUGUAAUGAAUGUGGCAAAGCCUUUUGCCAGAAAUCAAAUCUUAUAUACCACGAGCAAAUUCAUACCCCAGAGAGACCCUAUAAAUGUGCUGAGUAUGGGAAGGCCUUUACUCAAAGGUCAGUCCUAACGAGACCUCAGGGAGUCCACACUGGGGAGAAACCCUACAAAUGUGAUGAGUGUGGCAAGACCUUUAGACAGAGGUCAGAUCUUAGUAAGCACCAGAGAAUACAUAGUAGAAAAAGACCAUAUAGGUAUAAUGAAUGUGGGAAAAGCUUCACUCAGAGCUCCCUCCGCAUUAAACACCAGAGAACCCAUACUGAGGAGAAGCCAUAUGAAUGUGAAGAGUGUGGGAAGGCUUUCAGCCUUAGCUCCCACCUUGGCCAACAUCAGCGGAUACACAAUGGAGAGAAGUGCUGUCAUUGUAAAGAGUGUGGCAAAGCCUUCAUUGAGAAUGCAGGGCUUUUCUAG